AUGAACCCUAUUGAGGCAGUAUGGGCAUUUGUAAAAUUGAAAUUGGCUAAAUUUGGUAAAUUAAAAAGAAAUGAAUUAAAAGAAAAGAUAACUGAGAUUUGGUUUUCAAUACCUGAUGAACUGAUUCAGAAUUAUGUUAUUAGCUUUCAUAAAAGAUGUUUAGCAGUUUUUAAUGCAAAAGGAAAUAAUACUAAAUAUUAA